AUGAUCGUCGGAACGAUCGCGCAUUACCUCGGGAAGAGGGCGGACGAGUAUCACAGCCAUCGAUGGACGGUGUACGUCAGAGGGCUGGACGGGGAGGAUUUGUCGCACUGCGUGGAGAGCGUGGAGUUCGCGCUGCACCCGUCGUUCGACGAACCGACGCGGGUGCUGACGCAGGCGCCGUACGAGGUGACGGAGACGGGAUGGGGUGAAUUCGACAUCGGGGUGAAGAUCACGUUCUCGAGCGAUUGCGGCGAGGCGAGAACGGUGACGACGACGACGCCGUUGAAGCUGUUUCCGAGCGCGGAGGAAAUCGCGAGGCACGGACCGCAGACGACGAAGAAACCGUUGAUCAAGGAGCGGUACGAGGAAAUCGUGUUUCACGAGUGCGAUGGUGGGUUUUAUAAGCGGAUGAAGUCGCACGCGUGGAAGAGGGCGCCGAAGAGCGCGCACGACGACGCGUGGUCGUCGUUCAAGGACAAGCCCGAGCUCGUCGGCAUCUACGCCGCGCGGGAGGUGACGAAGGAGCGGAUCAAGAUUUUGGAGCAACAACUCGAAGUCUUAGAGAGCAUCGAUGCCAACGCGUGA